UUCCGUUGAAUCGAAGCAUUCACGUUGGUUUUAAACGAACGAGCUGAUUUGACAUAGGACCUGGCAGCGAAGUUUGAAUCUUUCAGUUUUUAAGGUGGAUUACUCGCGUUUCAGGAAGAUGUGGAGAUCUCUCUGGCUGUGGAUGACGAUCGGGGUUGUUGAACUGGCUUUUGCUCAGUUUCCCCGCGCAUGUAGCACAGUCCCUGCCCUGCUCUCCAAGACAUGCUGCCCACCGCAGGGCUCGGAUCCGGCAGUGCUGUGCGGGGCUGAACUCAAUCGAGGGAAAUGUACUGACAUGCAAGUAAGUGAGAAACCCUGGAGUGGACCCUACAAUCUGCGAAACGUGGAUGACCGGGAGAGGUGGCCGCUCAAGUUCUUUAAUCGGACCUGCAGAUGUAUGGGAAAUUUUGCUGGGUAUAACUGUGCUGAUUGCAAAUUUGGAUGGAUUGGCCAAAACUGUGACCUGAGAAGAGCACCUGUGAUUAGAAAAAAUAUCCACUCUCUGACACCAGCAGAGCAACAGCAGUUCCUGGAUGCACUGGAUCUAGCCAAAACUACAAUGCACCCAGAUUAUGUAAUUGCUACACAACACUGGCUUAGUUUGCUAGGACCUAAUGGGACCCAACCACAAGUAGCAAAUGUCACAAUAUACAAUUAUUUCGUGUGGCUUCAUUACUACUCCACCAGAGACACACUGCUGGGACCUGGUCAGGCAUUUAAAGCUAUAGAUUUUUCUCACCAAGGUCCAGCUUUUCUUACCUGGCAUCGAUAUCAUUUAAUGUUGCUGGAGAAAGAUUUACAGAAUCUCAUAGGAAAUGAUUCAUUUGCAAUUCCAUAUUGGAACUUUGCCACAGGAAGAAAUGACUGUGAUGUCUGCACACCAUCUUUGUUGGGAUCCAUGCGCCUUGAUGACCUGACAUUAAUCAAUCAAAGUUCCAGGUUCUCUCAGUGGGAGAUUGUGUGCAAUAGUUUGGAUGAUUAUAACCGCUUGGUCACUCUCUGCAACGGAACAAAUGAAGGUCCAAUAAGGAGGGCCUUCUUGGGAAAGAGCGGGGUCCAAUUGCCAAGCAUGGAGGAUGUUCGCCAGUGUAUGUCUAUUGAAGAAUUUGAUACACCACCUUAUUUCCAGAAUUCUAAUUUUAGUUUCAGAAAUGCACUUGAAGGAUUUAAUACACCCGAUGGCCACUCAGGCACUGGCAAAGUUCAAAGUCUUCACAAUCUGGUUCAUUCUUUUUUGAAUGGAACAAAUGGAUUUCCCCACUCUGCAGCAAAUGAUCCACUUUUUGUGGUGCUCCAUGCCUUUAUUGAUGCUGUUUUUGAAGAGUGGAUGAAGCAAAACAGCCCUGCAAUGAGCUCUUGGCCAGAGGAGAUGGCACCGAUUGGCCACAACAGGCAAUCUAAUAUGGUGCCAUUUUAUCCACCUGUGACCAAUGAGGAACUGUUUGUAUCAUCAGCUGAUCUUGGUUAUUCGUAUGAAAUUGAAUUUUCAGAAUUUAAUAUUUCCUUGGGUACCAAGCUAGCUGCGACCAUCAGUGGAAUCUUGCUGGGCCUUGUCCUGUUUGCUGUACUGCUGAUGCUAAUUCUACAACGACGAAAGAAUAGGGGUUUUGAACCUUUGCUAAGUUCAGAAUUUUCCAACAAGAUGUACACUGAAGAAGCUUAGUUUAUGCAACAGUUUAUUACUAUUAAUCUUUUAUCCCUUUUGCAAUGUGCAAAGGCACAACUGAGAACAUAUAAAAAUUUCUAGCUUGUUUUGUGUCAGCAGUGCUAUAAUGUAAGAUCAUAUGAUACCAAUGUAUGUAAAAGCUGAUGAAUUUGUAUUUGAUUCUUAGCAUGAUCUGCCCUAUCUGUUUUAUCAAUGAUGAGAAAAUAACUGAUUCGUCAGUUGGGAAGAAUAUGCUGUUUUUGUUGUCUAACAUGAUGACACGUGAUUUAGAGCUUUUUAGGAUGUAAUGGGCAAGGUUUGCUGCUGUGGGUUUUGCUGGGCAGCUUUUUAAAAUGCAGAUUAGAUCUUUGAUUUUCAAAAUAUUUUCAAAACCAAAAUAUAGCUGCAAUAAGAAUGAAAUUCUAAUUCACUUUCUAUAUUUCCAAUUUAUAAUAAUGUUAUGACUAAGGUUAUAGGAAUGAACUGUUUUUCUGUAGUUCCACACAUCACAACAUAGAUUUUAAUGUUACCUGGUUACCAUUAUGUUUAAUUAUAUACUUCACUGAUUUCAGAAUGUAAAAGAAAAUUUCAUCAACCAAGUUUCUUUUAUAUUAACAAAAUUAUUGAAUCAUUAUAAGACUCAUUCAACAAAGGUGCAAAGCUGGUUAAUACAUAUCUUAAAAUUUGAAAGAUUAAAUAUUAAGCCUUUCAAGUAACCUUACACAAAUUAAGUUUCUCAGCUAAUACCAAUUUUAAAAAAACUUUGCGUAAUUGCUCAUUUGUAAAAGACGAAAAUAAGAUGUGAUCUGUUCCAGGUGAUAUUUGGUUUGGGAAUAAGACACAAGUGCAUAGAUGUCUCUAGACCCGUGUGGCUGUUAUUUUCAGAAGCAACUCAUUCAGAAGAUGUUGAAAUAAAGUCUUCUAGAAGCUUCUCAGGAGAAUGACUACAACAGAUUUUCCAUCUCUCCCACAUGGCACUCAAAAAUGCUUUUCCCAAAAAAAAGUUGGGAAAGGAUGUCUGAGUUGGCUUUUCGAUUAACAGGCUAUACCAACUGCCUUUUUGGAAUAAUAUGCAAAACACAACUCAGAAAUAACUAACAAUCAUAAUCCCUGACAUGUAACUUCCCUGUUCAUAUGUUCAAGUAGUUCCAGAGUCCAUAAGAAUCUGAUUGUUUGUUUGCUUAGCUCAAUUGUCUUUCCCAAUAAGUGCUUGAUGGGAAAGUCAAAAGUGUCCUUUUCAGUGAUUUUUUUAAAAAAAAAGAUAAAUCCAGCCAACUCCAUAGUCUUCUAAAUGACUCAAUUUUUACAAUAUUUUAACCCUCAGUCUUAAAAAAUUUUGAUAACCUUCAUAACAAUAGGUGCUUUAAAAAUAAACAUAUAGCAGACAUUAAUCCAACACAUUACUCCAACUUAUGUGCAAGUUCCUUUGUCCCAUAUACUGUGGUGAGAUUAUAAAGAGUUGUUUCUCAGAAAUGUGUCAGUUUUAUGAUCCAUAGUGUAACUCAACAUACUGCCAAUAAAUGAA